CAGGCAGCGCGGGACUCCGGGGGACCAUUUCCGCCAACGGAACAUCGUUUACAUCCGGGUCAGAGGUCAGCGGCUCAGGGGUGAUCGGAGUCCGUCGGUUGCGAGGUGUCAACAGCACGAGGCUGCCGGCGUCUGUUGCGGGCCGGGGCUCGGGGCAGCAGCCAUGUAAUCUCUUAAGAACAGCACCCUCUUGCAAGUGUUCUGAAGAUCAUACUUCUUCUCAGCAUGUCCUCGAAUGAGAAUUUUUUGCUGUUGAUAACUGGAAGGGUGCUUGGAGUUUCCUAACUCCUUUGUUUCUUCUAUCAAAAGCCCACCGUCUUCUCAAAAACCUUUCUCUGUCACUUUAGGUGCUAUACCUUAUUUGUGUCAAAAUGCUGCGAUAUUGGGGUGAGAUUCCAGUGUCGACCAGUCAGGCCAACCGUAGCUCCUUUGAUUUGCUUCAGCGUGAGUUUCGCACUGUGGAAGUCCAAGAUCCUCCAUUACAUCAGCCCUCUGCAAACAAGCCCAGGCCACCCACCAUGCUGGACAUCCCCUCGGAGCCCUGUAGCCUCACCAUUCACACUAUUCAGCUCAUCCAGCACAACAGACGACUGCGCAGCCUCAUUGCCAUGGCUCAGGCCCAGAACCAGCAGCAAGUGGAGGGCAUAAAGACAGACGAGAGCGAGCCUCUGCCAUCCUGUCCUGCCUCCCCACCCCUCCCUGAUGACCUGCUUCCUCUGGAUAGCAAAACCCCCAAAAUGCCAUUUCAGCUAAGGCACAGUGAUCCAGAGAGCGACUUUUAUAGAGGGAAAGGGGAACCAGUAACUGAGCUGAGUUGGACCUCCUGCCGGCAGCUUCUCUACCAGUCCAUGGCCACCAUCCUGGCCCAUGCGGGGUUCGAGUGUGCCAAUGAGAGCGUCCUGGAGACCCUGACAGACAUUGCUCAUGAGUACUGCUUGAAGUUCACCAAGCUGCUGCGCUUCACUGUGGAUCGAGAAGCUCGGCUUGGGCAGACGCCUUUCCCAGACGUAAUGGAACAGGUGUUCCAUGAAGUGGGCAUUGGCAGCGUGCUCUCUCUGCAGAAGUUCUGGCAGCACCGCAUUAAGGAUUAUCACAGCUACAUGCUGCAGCAAGCAGCUUCCGAAGAGUACGAGAAGCUUGUCAACCCUGAAAAGGCAGCAGAAGACACAAAACCUGUGAAGAUUAAGGAGGAGCCAGUCAGCGAUAUCACCUUUCCCAUAAGUGAGGAGCUGGAGGGAGAUCUGGCAUCUGGUGACCAGUCUUUGCCUGUGGGAGUCCUUGGAGCUCAGAGUGAGCGUUUUUCUGCCAAUCUGGAAGUAGAGGCGUCCCCCCAGGCUACAGGUGCCGAGGUCAAUGCUUCCCCUCUCUGGAACUUGGCUCAAGUGAAAAUGGAGCCUCAGGAAAGUGAGGAGGGCAAUGUUCAUGGGCACGGGGUCCUAGGCAGCGAUGUCUUCGAGGAGCCCAUGUCGGGCAUGAGCGAAGCUGGGAUGCCGCAGAGCCCCAAUGGAUCUGAGAGCAGUUAUGGUUCUCAUUCUCCUGACAGCCUGAUGGGCUCCUCGCCUGUCUUCAACCAACGCUGCAAGAAGAAGAUGAAGAAGAUGUGAAAGGGAAGAGGACUUUUUUUCUUUCGAAUCCUGCUAAUGUGUGACAGUGACUUGAAAUGAGCCAAUAGGGCCCUUGGUACCUCGGGGACUAUAAUAACCAGUGCUGGCCCUGGGUUUUGGGGAACAGUCUGUGAAAUUAUCAUGUGAGGUUCGAUCUGCAGUGCACAUCAACCCACCCAUCUUCAUUCUGCCCAUGACUCCUCUUCCCAUUAGGCUCUGCUUUGCAUCCCCAUCCACGAGAUUGCAGGAGAACUCAAAAUGGGAACCAUCCCCAUCCUACAAACGUGGCAGUGUCACCAGAUCUCUGGCGGGAUUGGAGUGCGGGAGAGAAUGCAGGCUAGUAGUCUUGUUGACAGUGGCUGUUUAUACUCACUGAGCCAGGGGAGUCUUGACAGUGAGCUUCUCAAAGUGGAACCAGAAGCAAUUAGCCUUACCUAACGCUGGCCCUGGUAAUAAAUGGUUUCCUUUAUUUUGUUGGAUUGUAUGUGGCAAUUUCAACCCAACUGAGUUGCCCUGUUUGAAGCUGCUAUCUUGACAUUUGAAAUAGCUUCUGUUUUGGUUCCUGUUUUCUUUUAAUGGUGCAGCUGAUUGAUAGCAAUAAUUAUUUUUGUUCUGUGGAUCCACAGCUAAUGUUCAACUCAGAGCUUUUAAUUUGAUUCAUUUGAGUGUCUCUCUUAACAAAAGCUGGAAUGAUCAUGAGUCAAGUAGGAACACUGGCUUAAACCGGCUCUAUACCUAUAACCCAUUGGAAGGUUCAAGGGAGGUUUACUGAGCCUCAUAUUUGUCCUUACAAUUGCACAUUAAUCUUCUGAAAGAACAAGCUCCAGGCACAGUGUUUUUGUUUGUUCAUAUAACAUUCAUGGCCCUAAUUCUCUUUCUUGAUUGUAUUUCAUGUUCAUUGUACAGAAAUAGAAGCCAAACAAAUAAAACUCUCCUGUGUUUCUAAUAA